AUGCGCGCUCCGAUGAAGCUGGCGCUUGUGAUGGCCGUGGCCUCGGCUGCUGUAUCGACCUCGGCAGCGUUCUCCUUCCAGGACUCGAAAGUCGCCGGCGAGAGCGACUCCGUCGGAGUCGUCAUGCCUGCCGAUGUGUCACUCGAGAACAAGUCGGUGACCAGCAAGAAGGGUCUUGAGACGGCGGCCACCCCCGCUCCGACGUUCGGCGAGGGCGGCACCCAAACGGUGGAGCAAACGGAGACGAUCUCCAAGGCGGACACCGCGCUGGAAAACACGGCGGUGACCAGCAAGAAGGGGCUCAACACGGCUGCGACGCCAGCGCCGACCUUUGCAGACGACACUUCCACCGAGACUGUGGAGCAAACGGAAACCAACCCGGACGCGUACACGGCCGACUCGGUGCAGCAGACCGACACGACACCGGCAACAGCGCCAGCGGCUACCACGCCCGUCGCUGAGGAGACUCCGGCGACGCCCGCGGUCAAGGAAACGCCUGCACCUGUCGCUCCAGCGGCCGAGGUGACCCCGGCUCCGAGCACGCCGACAAGCGAAGAAACCACGCCGACAAGCGAAGAAACUACGCCUGUCAAGACCCCGUGCCCAUCGCUGCCGCAAGCCACUCCGGCCGCUAGAGGAACUACUGACGAAACAACAGAGACCACGACAGAUGCGUCGACCGACACGUCGACGGAAACCUCGGUGGAUGAUUCUGUGACCCCCGAGCCAACCAUUCCGACAGGUGACGAUGAGACGGAGGAGUCUACCACGACGGACACCACCACGACCGACACGUCGACGGAAAGCUCGGUGGAUGAGUCUGUGACCCCCGAGCCAACCAUUCCGACAGGCGACGAUGAGACCGAGGAGACUGGCACGACGGAAGAUCAGGGCAGCGUUGAUGAGACGGAGGAAUCUAGCACAACGGAAGACCAAGGCGGCGACGUGACCACCAGUACUGGCAGCGGCAAAACACCGUGCACUCUGCCUCCUAUCGCAGGCUCGUCGUCUUCAGCAACUUCCAUUGACGAUGAAGAUGGAUCGACGUCCUCGGCAAGGACCCCGUGCCCCACGCUGCCGCAGCCGGACGACAACAGCACCAAGACUCCGUGCCCGUCGCUCCCGCAGCCCAAGACGCCGUGCCCGUCAUUGCCGCAGCCGAAGGAUCCGUCCGCCAGCGCUGCGGACAAUCCUGUUCAAAAGCAGCAGAGCUCGGACAGUGCAGCCGUGCAGAGCUCCGAUGCCGCCGGCCGCAUCGCGCCCGCCAUGACAGCGGUGGCCGUCUCGGCCGUCUACCUGCUCCUAUAG